UUGAUAAACCGAAGACUUUGUGUGACUUGAAGUCUCCAAGCAGGAGUUUGGAAGGUUGUCCUUCAUGGGAUUUUCCCUUAACCUCACCCUUAAUGUCGGUAACAAGUUCAUGGAACUGGAUGCUCUGCAUGUUCACCAUGUGCCAACCCAUUACACAUAUAUUUUCCUUCGGUGCAGCUAGCAACUCGUAGGGAAGUAGGAACCACGGUAUUGGUUGUUCUAUUGGUUCCCGCUUUGGAGGAUGCAUGCAAGAAUUUGAAUGUGACUACCUUGGCCCCGAUGGACAUCACGAACCGACCGGGAAAAGAAAAAAAGAAGUAGAAAAAAAAAAGUGAAAACAACAAAAAAAAACCAAGAAAGGAAUGGAUCUCGCUCCCAUACCCGGCUCUGGAGCCUCCCCGCCUGUUUCUAAGUCUUCGGGGACGCGGCGGGAGAAGGAGAUCGGAGAUGCAGACGGAGGCGCGGAUGAGGGCGGGGGACAGAGGCGUUUUUGGCCACUGCGCUGCCGUCGAGGGCGGGAUCCUGCGGUACUCGUCCGCGCACCCCUACCAGCAGAAUGGCCAGCAGAGGGCUACAACACCAGCCGCAGAUCGGGACGGUGGCGCACCGGUUGGCGGGAGGCGUUGCCGGAGAGGUCAGCAAGACCAGCACGGCUCCACUAGCUUGCCUCACUAUUCUAUUUCAGUCUGGAGCCAGCAUGGGUUGCUGUUGGAUGGGUUGGAAGGACAUGAUAAUCUGAUACCUCCAGAGAAGCUGAUAAAAGCCCAUGUAAGGAGACAAAUACAAGAAGCUGACUCUCCUGAAAGCAGCUCCAGCAAUGACAAAAUGGUGCAACCAGCUGGCCCUGGUUACCAGCUGGGAGCUAGCACAGAUAGCCAUCACACAAUAGAUCUGCAGACAUGGAACAAUCAGCACCCUAAACCACCUUCCUAGAAAUUACGGGUGGUAAGCCCAAGUUUACCAGAAAAGAUGACUGGUGAAGUAGCUGGUAUUGUAAGUUUGAAGUGUGUUUCAGCAUGUUGUAUGCCUGUUGGUUUAACAUGGUGAUGCAUAAGAGUGUUGCUGUACGCUUGCUUAUGUCCUUUAUUUAAAUAUCUGGUCUUUU